CAAGCCUGGAAGGGGGUGGUGGGUGGAGCCCCGGCCUCGCCGGGGCUGGGGUCUCGCCGUUGCAGCGGCUUGGCGGGCUCGGCCCGUUUCCCUUCCCUCUGCACCGCCUCCGCUGCGCCGCCCGCUCGGCUGGCUUCCUGUUCCGCGGCUUGGAGGCUUAGGCUCCUCCACGCGGCCCAGCCUGCCUCGCCUGGGCAGCCGCGCUGUCCUGAGCUUCUAUGUCAGAGCAGGCGGCGGGGGGCGCCGGGCCGGGGGGCGCCGGCUCGGGUCUUUGCUGGGCCUCGCUGUUCUUCUGCCUCAGCCUGGCCUGUUCCUAUGUGGGCAGUCUCUACGUCUGGAAAAGCCACCUGCCCAGGGACCACUCGGCGGUCAUCAAGCGCCGCUUCACCAGCGUGCUCAUUGUCUCCAGCCUCUCGCCGUUCUUCAUCUGGGCCUGGAAAGAGGUGACAGGCCUUAAGCCAGGUACAUCUCUUCUCGCCCUGAUGGGCUUCCGACUUGAGGGCAUCAUACCAGCGACUGUGCUGCCUUUGCUACUAACCAUGGUCCUCUUCCUUGGCCCUCUUAUCCAGCUAUCGAUGGACUGUCCUUGGGACCUGGUAGAUGGAUUAAAAGUGGCAUUUGUUUCAGGCGGUUACAAUUCUGACUUCACCCAACUUGGAUGCCCGCUGAGGGGCUGGCCCUUUGUCCCUACUACGGUGCCUGCUGAAGCAACCCAGGUCAUCGCACCAUUCACGGAGGAGCUGGUGUUCCGCGCCUGCAUGCUGCCCAUGCUCGUCCCCUGCACAGGAUUGGGGCCUGCCGUCUUCACCUGCCCGCUCUUCUUUGGAGUCGCUCACUUUCACCAUGUCAUUGAGCAGCUGCGGUUUCGCCAAGGAAGCACUGCCAGCAUCUUCCUCUCGGCAGUGUUCCAGUUUUCAUACACAGCUGUCUUUGGAGCGUACACGGCUUUCAUCUUCAUCCGGACAGGGCACCUCAUUGGGCCUGUACUCUGCCACUCCUUCUGCAACUACGUUGGGUUCCCUGCUGUUGGCGCAGCCUUGGAGCACCCACAGCGCUGCCUGGUGGUCUUCUUCUACCUGCUGGGCGUGGUUCUCUUCCUCCUCCUCCUCCACCCCAUGACGGAUCCAGCUUUCUUCGGCCGCCUGCCCAUCUGCUCCCUCUCCAGACAGACCCUGCAUGCCUCCAGCCUCAGCAGCUUCUCUCUCUGCUCUUGACACCCAUUGGAGAUCCCCACCCACCCAAUGCACCCGCAGUUGGCACAUGGGGCUACGCUGCUCUCGUGUUGGGUUUGAAAUGAUGGUCUCGUUGUGGCCCCUGCCCCCUUGCCCUCUUCUGCAGCUGUCACUGGGUGGGUUGAAGGGGGAGAGCUAAUCUCUGUGGUUCUUGGGAGAAGCCCUUCUUGAAAGCCCGUCUGCGUUUUGAAGAAGCGCUCUGCCUGCGUUCUUGCACACUCUGCCUGAGCCAACCAGCCAGCCCUUUUUAUAGAUCCGGGGGGGGGGCAUAUUUUCCUCCAGGCCCCAGAGAGUUCUAUUUUUUAUUAUUAAAAGAAUUUAAUGAG